AUGAUGUGUGCAAGUCCAGCGCCAUCGGCACCGCGAUCGCGGGUCAAACCAUUACGAACAUAUGGCAAACGAAGCAUUCGAGACGACUCGCCGAAGGAGCCAAACACCAAGAAACGAAGGGUAUCAGCAGAAAUGAUGGCUCCUGAACCAGCAUCUCAAGGCACAGACACGGCGCCUUUGACGAAGGUCACGGAAGAGGCGAAGAAUGCACCCGAAUCAUCAACAACAACGAACAAACCCACUACCGAGCCAGUCAAGAAGGGAUCAAUCUUGAGCUUCUUCAAACCUGUACCUCCGUCAUCCACAGUUACCUCCAGUCCAAAGAGCGACGAGCCUCAACUCGAAUCGACACCCCCAUCCUCGCCACCACAGCCGCCAAGGAUAGAACCCCGAAAGAAACCACGCUUAUUACGAUUCCGCGGUGCAUCAACACUAUUACUAGACGACGACAACACGGGAGAGGACACACAAGGCGAGGACACAGAAGCCGAAGACUCUGGCACCAAAUCCGCUCGACCAACUGCUCGAGAGAGCUCUUUAAACCAAGAACAGAGCACCAACGAUUCAAAGCCUGGAAAGAGGGGGAAGGUGAAAACACCAACUGUACAAACGACACUGAAUUUAUCGUCGCAAGCUGCGUUUUCGGAGUGCAAGGUGUGUAAUACUGUGUGGAAUCCGCUGUAUCCGGAUGAUGUGAAGUUUCAUACGAAGCAGCACGCGGCUGUUUUGAGGGCGAAGAAGAAGGAGAAGCAGAGUGAAUUAUAG